CUCUCACACACACACACAUACACACACACACACACACAUACAAUAUGGGUGGGUGUGUGAUGGUGAGAUACUUCUCUCGUUUUUGGUUUGCCAAAAUUUGAAACAGUUCAUUACAAUUAAUCUCAUCAUGCUUUCUUUAUUCAUAGUUUUGCUGAUUAUCCUCAAGUACCAAACUGCUGAAGGUUUGGUUAACCCUGCUCCUAUAGUGUUCAAGGACAUAGGGCAAAAUGUGACCAUCCACAGCCGUGACAAAGAAAUAACGAUUUAUGACACAUCCGUCAGCUGGUACCGUCUGAGACCGAGUGGAAAGAUGGAGCAAGUAACUAAUUUCUACCCUUACAAGUUAAAGGACGGUCGUUACAGGGGAGGGCUUCGCGUGGACUCUAAGGAUGCGCAUCUAACCGUCUCCAAUGCAACAAUCGGCGACUCCGGACGCAGCUUCGCCGCGGUGUUUUCUGAAAAUAACUUAAAACUGGGUUCCUCCACAGUUGUAGCCGUAAUAGAUCCCAAGAGCCUCCCUGCAAUGCGCGUCUUCCUCGGUCGCACAGGAACCAUUCUAUGUGAAUUGAAAGGCGGGGGUCCACACUGGAGUGAUCCUCAGUGGGAAACAGAUGAUGCCAAAGACGGGCUGACGUUGUCGGAGGCCAAAGCUAAAACUUUUGUAGAUGAGCACGGCGCAUUCAUACAGUCCUCCAUCCUCUCUUUGAAAGACAGGAUCUGUGGUUUGAACUGUGUCUGUAGGCACAGCACUGGAGUCAUUAUUCGAACCCAGCUCAUGCAAGAUAACGCUACUUCAGUGCAAGGAUCAGUGCCAGCUUCAGGCAAGGAUCAGUGCCAGCUGCUGCUGUACCUGUCUCCCCUGGCUGUGGUGCUGCUGCUGGUGACUGUUACAGCCAGUGGGCUGUGGGCCUGUAGACGGAGGAAGCAGAGCCCUAUAGCACAGGGAAUGGACAGCACUGACAGGAUCUAAAGGAGUGGCAUAUGUUAGGAAGCUGGAUUUGAAACUCAGGGGUUGUAGGUUUCAUUCCGCAAUGGGACUCUACCACUGUACUUUGGCACAAUAUGCCAGCACUGUUUCAGUACACAUCACAUCCAGCUGUAAAAAUGGAUUGAGUGUUCACAGAAAGAAAUUUCGUCUGACAAGAGCAUCUGUUGACUGCAUAAAAUGCAAUGGGGCUUGAAGGAGUUUUAUUUAUUCAUUUAUUUUUGAAUGAAUAAAUAACAAACAACUUAUUUGUGUAUGGUGAAGAGUCAUGACAUCAUAGUUUGCCGAUUACAUUUUUUUUGUUCCAUAUUUUGGCCCUCUAAACUUGUACUUGAAUGUUUAGAGGAUAAUGCUCUGCAGCUUCAUUAUGUUCUUUACUAACCACUGGACAUAUAUUUUUAUUUAUAUGUGGGUACCCCUCUGUUAUUGGUAGAA